AGGCGGGACCACAUGCUUUGCAUCAGAUGUCGUAUGUUGUUUUUCUGCCGUUCAGUUCGUGCACAUGCGUCUGACAACUAAAAUAACAAAAACACAUUGUAUUCACUAAAGUUACAACGUUCGACGGUUCAGCCAUGUGUGGGUCUGUGUAGCCGUAUAUGUGUGGGUGGCCGACAUUUACGGACACGGCUACACCUUUUGGGGUAGGGAGUACUCUACGAAGCGUCCAUCCGGUGCAGGGAGCCUUCCUACUCGCCGGAGGAGGCACGAACGCGCUUCGACGCAAGAGGAGGCUGUGGACGCGCGCGAGAAUGAGCGAGAGGGAGCGAGAGAGGUGAAUAACAAUUGAGAUAUAAACGCCAGAUGGAAUGCGUUCAUUUAUUUAUUUAUUUAUUUUGGCGUCGUGAGCUAUAUUUAUAUAUAUAUAAAUAUAUAUUUGUGUACAGGCCCAGUGUACAAUCUUUUUUGGGGGGAAUCGCAUGAGUGUAAUGGCAACGACGUGUAUCGCUUUCCCCCUCCUCGAUGAUAUUGUCCGUGUCGAUUUCCCGUCUACCAAGGAGACCUCGGCAGGCAUCGGCGCUUCUCUAUGGAUUCAAUCAUAGACUCCUUCAAAGAGGCACAGUGGCUCCCCCUUCUGGCACCCGGGAUCACCAGCUCUAGAAGAGAAGACCUACACCUCACGCAUCUGACGGACUGGACAUGAAUCCAUUACGACUAUAACUCAACGAAACACAUGGCUGAUACCAGCAGGUAAGAGUCAGCUGGAAGCAUCGAGUUGUAACGUCCUUGGAAUUGUGUCCCAUGGAGGUCAAAGGGCAACUGAUCUCAUCCAUGGGGUUGGGAGCUCCAGAGCUUCAAGGCGGCCCGGAGAGCAAGCUGCAGGCGGAGCGCAUCGCCUCGCUGCAGGAGAGGAAGCAGCUCCUGGAGGCCCUGCUCAACAGUCGCGUCGGAGAGCUUAGACACGUCUGUCUGCAGGAGGCGGAGUUGACGGGGAAGCUGUCCCGUGGGUUCCCUCUGGAGGAGGGCGAGAGACCCCCGCUGGUUCAGCGGAGGGUGGGCUCCAAGUCUGAGGAUGAUUCAGGCCUACGAAAGCAGAGACACUUCACCGGCCCUCUGUACAGGAGCACAGAGUCUGACCGAAAUGUCCUGAACAACAAGAGGACCAUGCACCGGGGCUGUCACACAGAAGAUGCUGUUAUCUCAGAAAGUACGAGCUCCAUGUCCGACUCGACAUCCCAUGACAAUGAGUCCUCCCCCAGCGUGGCGGUGGACCAGCGCUCGCUGUCCCAGCCCCGGCUCUCCGUCGGCAGCCCGGACCAGAGGAUCAGCCGCAAACUGUCCCCCGUGGAGAUCUACUACGAGAUGAGAACACGGCGCAACUCGGUCACCAGCUCCGGCAGGUCCGACCCAGCAGGGGGCAGCGCUCUGAAGUGGUCCGGCAGUCUGGACGUGCCACACAUGAUCCCGCUGGCCCCGGAGGGCUCCUCCACCGACCACCGCAGCUGCCCGUACAGCUCCCGCGCCCGGCGCAGCAACAGCUCGGAGGCGCUGCUGGACCGCUCCAGCCUCUCGGAGGACCCCCCCCCCAGGAACGGGAUGCCGCCAAACCGGGGCGGCCCGUACAAGAGCUCGGAGGCCCUGACGGACGGCAAGCUGCGGCACAUCCACCUGGGCAGCCCCGAGAGGCACGCCGAGGGCUCCCCCGCGGACCAGGCCAAGCUGAGGCUCUCCAUGGGGGGGCGGGCUGGCAGCGGAGGGGGUGCGGGCUACAACGAGAUGCUCAUGGACUACAUCUGGGGGAAGCAGCAGCGGGUGCAGGCGCAGCCACACCAGUACCAGUCCACGGGCCGCGUCUGGCAGGACAUGUCCUCCACGCGCUCCUCCACCGCCAACGCACCGCCUCUCCCUCCUCCUCCUCCUCCCCACGCCAACGGCUUCUCCCACUCCCAGGUGCACCUCCCCAGCGCCGCGGCCCCCUACAGCCCCAUGGUGAUGCGCGGCUCCCAGGCGGAGAACCGCCGGGUGAAGGUCACCAGAACCAAGUCUUGCGGGCCCUUCAUUCCCCUGCAGCAGCAGGACAGCGUGCUGCUGUCGGCCUACGAGGCCCCCCAUCCGGUAUCGGGGGCCUCCACCUCUUCCAACCCCAACCUGUACCCCUACCAGACUGAGCUGCCGGGGCCCGCGCUGAGCCGGAGGGCCCCGCAGUUCUCCCUGCCGACCCCGGAGGACUCGACGCGGAGCCUGCACAAGGCGCUGGCCCUGGAGGGUCUGAGGGACUGGUACCUGAGGAACGCCCUCGGCUACCCCGCCGCCGCCGCCGUCCCCAAGGGCCACGAGGCGGGGGUCUCCCGCCUCUCGCACCCCCACCCGCUGGCGCACCAAGGCCAAGCGGUCCAAGGCGAGCCCCUGUCACACCAGAGGUCCCAGAUGACCCAGUCGGCCAGUUUCCAUGGUCACCCGCUUCACGGACGGACGGUGGAGUUCUCCCUCUAUCAGGAGCCUCCCCAGCCACAGAUGCAGGAGGUGGCCCCGAAGGAGCCCAACGCAGAUCCCGGCACCCUCGUCUGAGGCAGCAGUGCACAUACUGUCAACAUACAGACACGUGUACGCACACACACACACACACACACACACACACACACACACACACACACACACACACACACACACACACACACACACACACACACACACA